CAGAUAAAUGCAUCUUAUGCGAUUACGUAUGUAAAGAUGAUAUUCUACACCAGAAAUUUUAUAUUGUUUAUAUAUAAGGAAAAGAACUUUUUUGAUUCUGAUAUUCCUUUAAUUUCACUGAAAAACUUUAUUUUUCUACUAGUGUGAAUCAAGCUUCGAAUGUAGAGUCGGUUCCACAAUUAAAUGAUUUAAUUCGUUCGCGUGCAUUGAAUCGAACAUUUAGUGAAUAUACUCAAUUUGAUUGGAAUAAAAUUCCUGUUGGUGUUGAGAAACGAUUACAAGACAACGACAAUCAAACACAAGUACCAGACGUUAUUUCAAUAUUUUUUCAAUAA